AUGUCGUGGCCGAAGCUACCAGCAAAAGCCGCCUAUCUCGCCCUGAAGAACCCGCAACGCCGCAAUGCUCUCUCAUUGGCCGGUUUGAGAGACCUCAAGGACCAACUGAUCCAGUAUAACACAUCUCCUCGCGAUGGAAAGCUUCGUCUGCUACCACCAUUCAAGCCGGAGGUGCUGAAUGAGUUGGAGGUCGCGACCUGCAAUGACUCACGAGCCAGUCUGAGCACAAGCCUUUGCUGGCUGACGGAGGCGAAGAAAUGGCGCGAGCAGCGCGAAGGCCUCCCGAAUGUUCUUGUGCUCCGCAGCGAAGGACCUGUAUUCUCAUCGGGCCACGACCUAGCCGAGAUUCGGAGCCUGUCACGAGCCCAAGUCAAGGAGACGUUCACUCUUUGCGCAGAAGUCAUGCAGCUGAUCCGAAGAUCCCCAGUACCUGUGGUCGGUGUCAUUCAAGGCCUGGCAACAGCUGCUGGAGCGCAGCUUGCGCUAUCGACAGACCUGCCGAUCGCUGCCGCAGAUACUCAGUUUCAGCUGCCCGGCGCUUCGAUCGGCCUUCCAUGUACUUCCCCAGCCACGGCUGUGUCUCGACGACUUAAUGCCCCCUUCACUUACAGGAUGCUGGCGCUUGCCGAGCCUCAUCGUGCUGAUCAGCUACCUGGUGGAGCUGUCGAAGUCGUGGCCGAUCAGGGCGCACUAGAGGAAAGAGCACUCCAAGUCGUGACGAAGCUCGCCGAGCAAAGUGCCGCGCAGCCCCAAGCUUUUGGAAAGUGGGCAUUCUGGACGCAGUACGGUAUUAGCGGUUCUACAUCUGCUGGCGGAGGCGGCGGAGACGGCUACGAAGAUGCUGUAGAGUGGGCUGGGAGAGUCAUGGCACUUCACGCCAAGUCCGAUGAUGCACACGAAGGCGUCGCGUCUUUCUUCGAGAAACGCACACCGCAGUGGAAGACGUGA